UCAAGGGAGAGCAGAGAGAAGCUGGGACACACCUCCCUGCCUCACCGCCAGAGACAGCAGCAGCUUCUGCAGGUUCAGUGGGCCUCUGCUCUUUGGUCAAAUAAAAUCCUACAGCUCCAUUUCCAGCAACCAUCCCCUUCUUUCAGUUAACCAGAGAGGAGGAGGAUGGCCUAUGCUGAGGAAGACAGAAAUAGCUACGAGGUGUCUAAGGAAACAGCGGAUUGGUUACGUGCCCGCACUGCCCAGCGCCCAAAGACCGCCAUCAUCUGUGGAUCUGGACUGGGAGGUCUGGCCGAUGUGUUGGAUAACAAGACAGUCUUCCUGUAUGAAGACAUCCCUCAUUUCCCACAGAGCACAGUUGCAGGGCAUGCUGGCAGAUUGGUGUUUGGGGAGCUGAACGGACAGCCCUGCGUGUGUAUGCAGGGACGUUUCCACUAUUACGAAGGAUACUCUGUCAGCACGGUCACCUUUCCCAUCAGGGUCUUCUUUCUCCUGGGGGUGGAGAUCUUGAUUGUCACAAAUGCUGCUGGGGGACUGAAUCCCCACUUCCAAGUGGGGGACAUCAUGUUCAUUAGAGAUCACAUCAGCAUGUUUGGCUUGGGAGGGCAGAAUCCACUGCGGGGACCAAACGAUGAGAGGUUUGGAGUGAGGUUUCCCUGUAUGUCAGACGCUUAUGAACAAGACCUGCUCAGCCUGGCGGUGGAGAGUGCGCAGGAGCUGGGCUUCCUGAGCUUCGUCCGCGAAGGAGUGUACUGUCUGCUGGCCGGUCCCUGCUACGAAACCAUCGCCGAGUGCCGCGUGCUGCAGGCGCUGGGAGCGGAUGCCGUGGGCAUGAGCACUGUCCCAGAAGUAAUUGUAGCCAGGCAUUGUGGCCUCCGAGUCCUGGGGAUCUCCCUCAUCACCAACAAAGUGGUGAUGAGCUACAACAGUCAAGAGAAAGCCAACCACGAGGAAGUGCUGCGCGUCUCGGUGGUCCGGGCUGAAGCCCUGCAGAAGCUGGUCACGCACCUCCUUGGCAAGCUGGGGGAAAGCACAAACUCCCCCUGACCUCCAGGUGUCUGUCGUUCCUAUCGUAACGUGUGAACACUAAGUGCUGGGGGAGAGCCAUCGGUGAGACCGUCCCCUUCUGCUCUCCUGAUUUUGAAUCGACCUUUUGAUUUUUGUCCCUGUGAUUUAGCUGGUCAGGCGGAGAGGUUUGCUUUGAAUUUUGCCAGAAUGAUAUCCCCCUUGUUGGGAGCCAGUGGCAAAACCAGCUUUCUGGCACUUAAACGGGGUCUGACCUCUGGCAGAUUCCCGAAUGUCAGCAAUGAGCCCCUUGGCACCGUGAGCUCCAGCUCCCCCUCGUUCUGCUGCAGAGCGUUUGGUGUCUCUCGCCCGUGGUGCUGCCCCUCUCAGCACAGCACCUGAGCCGCUGCUCCCCCGUUACCGCGAGCCGGGUUGAGAGCUGGUUGCAGGGCUUGGUGCCUGCUGGGCAUGUUUGGGGAGGGCCUGAUCUGAAGCCAGUGGAAAUCCACAAAAAUCCUCUGAGUUUUGAGCGAGGACCCGGAUACAUAAAAUGGGCUGGGCUAAAGAUGAGAUCUGGCUGGAACAAGCAGUGCUACAGAGCUUGUUUUACAGCUUGGAAAACCGCCGCAUCCCCACGAAUGGGGUGGUGUUCCUUUCCCAUCCCAGAAGGUGUCUCCAGAAAGCCCUCUCUUUGCUCACUUGGCUCUUCAUGACCCGCCGCGGAGCUCAGUAGCUGUUUGGCACGAUGCAGCGUUCCCCCCAGCACCCCCUCACACCUCUCCACUCCGAUCACAGCCUUGAAUCACUGUUGGCCUAUUCCAGGGGGUGAAAGCACAGCUCACAUACAAGGCGUGACUCGUCUGUUCGCGGUGUAAAAGUGGCCAAGCUGGAAACAGGAUCCAGGUCCAGCUCUGCCUCGUUUUAUUCCUUCUGUCUCUGGAUGUCUCGGGGAUUCAGCAGCCUGAGCCACUCGCACUGGAGACAUUUUGGUGUCCCAAGACAGAGACAUCAGUUUGACCCAGUGUUUCACCCCAGCUUUGCUCUACCACAAUCCCUGCAGGAGAUGUUGGAGCACCAAUGGUUUGUGGAGUUUAGUGAUGUGAAAUUACAGUGAAAAUUAUUUUGGAACAGGCAUGGUAUUUUUCUGACUUCCCUGGUCCUCUUACAUGACGAAAUUGAGCCUAGUGGUGAGUAAAGGACAAGGAGGAGAGGCCACCGUGCUCUCUUUUACCAAUGUGCCGAUGGUCUAUCAAGGAAGGGUGAAUAGUCACCAGAAUGGUGCGUCACUCAUUGUUCCCCAAAGGUCAAGCUGAGCCGUGGAUGCAGCUGCAAGUGAAACAGUGACAGUAAUUAUUAGGUAACCUUUUUCCCUCCAUUUAUCUUGGAGUUCUCUAUAAAGCCCGUCACUGUCACAGCUAAAUGUUUUCCGUUGACACAGUGGUCUGAAGACACCCAACUGCUCAUGGAGAGCUCCCAAUCCACCUUCCUAAAUUUAGCUGAUCAGUUGUUUACCAUUGACGCUCGCCCUCCGUCACAGCCUUCAGCCUUCCGUGACAUUUCUUCAGCUCCGGGCGCAAAAGGACGUUGUGGCCUGGUGAGUUUUUCCUAGAUGGGUAUUUAUUUGAAGCCCUUCAUGCUGCAGUUGCUGGUGUCAACUGCUGUAUUAAUGAUGCAGAUGUUGCCACCAAGAGGAACAGAGUUGUGCCAUGCAUGCUUUCCACAAAACGGUAACACUUCAGGUGUAGGAGAGAUCUUGGGGUGGCCACCCUGUCCCCUUCUCUUCUCCUGGGCAGGGAUACCUGUGGUCAGUCCUGACAAAUAUCUGCCCAGCCUGGUCUUGAGGACUUCUGGAGGGGGAGGAUUUGUUGCCUGUGCUCUCCUGGCCAAGCCACUUGUUCAGCAGCUCCUGGCACGUGGAGGAGCCCUCUGAAACAGCAGCUCUUUCCGUUUGGUGGGUCUGACUGUCAAGGCAGUCUCAGUGACCAGUUCUGGUGAUAAUGCGCAAAAGGAAAGAGGCUCCAGCUCCUCCUUCCACAAGGCCGUUGUCUUGUCAGGUCUAGCAGGAGUAAAGUGCUCGUCAACGGUGGCAGCAGAAGCAGUGAAAUCUAAAAAGUGCCAGAUGUGCAGAACGAGAAGGAACCACUUCUAUCUGCUUCCUUUUCAGACUUCUCCCAGUAUGGGCUUGUUACAGGGCAGAGAGAGAGCAGAUAAUUUCCCCUGCCUAGAAAAUGGUGCUUCACAUUCAGCUAAUUAAUACUUGGUAAAUACGAAGUCUCUCAAGUGUGAGUGGAAGACAGCUGUGCAGCUAGCUGUAGCUAGAGAGCAGCCAGAGUAACUAAGGCUGGGAUUUCAGCAGACUCCAUUAAUUAGUCAGAGUCAGGCUCGACUGCAAUGUGAGGGGAAGCAUCCAAAAAAAAACUUCUGUUGUGCUGGUACUUCUCAAGCCAGGCUUGAGAUGAGGAGGAGCUUGGCAGCAGCACCCGCUUCCAGGAGGCUGGGUCUGCUCCUCUCUCCAGCCAUACCAUGCACUUGUAUCUGAAUACAACUUAAAUACAGCCUAAAAUUUCAUCUGAAAAUCACCACGCAACCAGAUCUUUGGCGAAUUAUGUCCGUUUUCAAAGAAAUGUUUUCUAAAUAGCUUCUGAGCCCUUAAACAGCUGGGGGCUCUUCUUUCUUCUGUCCAAGGUUGACUUGGAUGGCUCAAACUCUGCAUGAACGUCCCUGAUUUUUGUCCCUGUGAAUGACAAGAGGGAAGAUGCCCUGGGCACUUUGGAAGGGGUUUUGCUCAUGCUAUGGGGAAGAGAGGAGGAAUACAAUUAAUGAGUAGGUUCGUCUGGCUUUGGAGAUACUUUUAAUCCAAUUUUGUUUUUUUUUUUUUUUACUGCUGAUGAGUUUCAAAAGGCUGAAAUACAAUGAUGCAAGAGGGGUAACGUGUGGGGAAGAAACAAAACCUGCCGUGAUCUUGAAAACAGUGCUUUUGUUUCCUGUGCCAAUGCCAUGGGUUAGAAAGGAAGGAGUCACUUCGCUGUACCCCCUGCAUCCAACCCCCCAGGCUGGAGCACAGCCCCGGGGCACCACAGCACCAGCGCUCAAAGCUCAGGAUAAUCAACCCCAACAUUUGACCAGCACUUUGCACAGGUAUUUUUUACUGAUCCCAGUGGGCUGAGGAACUCUCGGAAAAAAUAUGGAGAACUGAAGGACCCCAGCUACCUUUCUAGCAGCCUAAAGGUGCGAUGGGCUGUGGCGGUGCCAGUGCAGCAAGUCAUCUGUGCUGGAGGCAGGACAUAGUUUCGCUGAUGCUGUGCCUUUUAUUUAGUGCACUUAGUGCUUUCCGGCAACAUCCAUGGCUGAAACGAGUAGCCUGUAAGACAACCUCAGCUUUCUUUCACUCCUGCGCUCUGCCACUUGCCUACUUCUGAAUCCGGGCUGUUAGGCUCAUAGGGAUAAGCUGGUAGAUGCGUGGAAAGUUAAAAAUCCUGGCGAGUGGAAGAACCACCCCAAAUUGUGCGGCCGAUGGCUUUUUCAGUGCUAUGGUGAGCAAUGAGCUGGGGUGCUGCCUGGGGAGUGGAUACCACCAGCAUAGGCUGCCCCGUGGCAGGGGCCCUGGAAGAUUUGUGUUGCUGGGGGGCAGAGCUGCACAGCCUCUCCUUUACUCUCUCCCAGCCAUGGUUUCCUGAGCCAGUCUGGCCCAUCCUUGGUGCCAGCCCUUUCCUCUUCCUUGCUCAUCAGCGCAGAGAAAACUUUUCAGGUCAUGAGGUCCUGCUGCUUCCAGCCCUCUGGAGAAGACUAAGACUUGAUAUUGAUGCCCUCAUGUGUGAUUCGCAUAAAAGCCUGAUGUCAGGAGGAGAAAUCUCUGAUACAACCCUUGGCUGGACCAUAUCAGGAGUUUUUAAGUAGAGAUCUCCGCUGUUAUCUGAGAAACAACCCUGCAACCUUGCCAAAAAAAUCUGAUUGUGUGAUCUAUCCCGUUUCCUUUGCAAGGCUCAGUUUCCCAGACUCUUUCUUUUAUGUGAGAUUUUCUGUUUGCACUCUUUUCCACAUAAAAGAAAACCAGAAAACUUUUUAAAAAAUGUGCUAUCUGUCUCGGCUCAGCAGCUGAACGUAUGCUUUGCCUUCAAGUUAUCAAAAUUCCCUUAGAUGUUUCUCUUUACUGAAAACCUGCAGUUGAAUUAAGGGGUUUCAGCUGUGGUGGUGGGUUAUUUUUUUUCUCCAAAAGCUUUAGGUCUUCACUGCAAGGAUUUCAUAUGCUGGAAAGAAUUAAGCUCUUCCCUGCUACGCUGAAUAUGUGGAGCAAGGGGGAGCGGUGCGGUGCGGGUCAUGGCAGUGGGCUGAGCUCAGUUUGUUGCCGAAUUAAAGCCUGG